UCAUUCAUGCAUCUUCACUAGAAAAAAAAAACAAGCCACGAACAUGCACCACAGAAGAGCUUUAAGAGUAGUUCUACAGCCUUGCUUCUGGCUGGCACGAUCGAUACGGAGACGAACAAACAGCACUCUUAUUUUUAGCACAGUUUGCUUCAGUUUAAUCAUCUUUUUUAUCGCAUCAAGGACCUUUAGUGAAACAGAGCUUGAAUCAGAAGAGUACAUGGACAAAGUAGCCAGAACUGCAGCAUGCAAGUUACCAAACAUCAAUCCUUUCCAUGAGAGAAACAAAAGACUAUAAUGGCAGCCCGGUUAGACAUGGUCCUCCCAAAGAGUCAAGGUCUUUCUCUAGCAACUCUAAAUAUCCGCUGGAAAGCAAUAUGAUAUUUCGCAACCUCAAGGCGCUAUUUUACGUUAUUUGCGCUGUUAGUUUGAUGAUAGUGUGUGUUAUCGUCGUGUUCUACGACUUCAAAACAUCACCGCGAAAUCGCUCCUUUACUCACGGGGACGCAAUUCUGGUGGACGCCCGUCAUAAUACCCGUAAAAAGAGUUGUACUCCUAAAAAGAACGUUGUCUUUCUAAAGACGCACAAAACCGGAAGCAGCACCAUCAGCAACAUCUUCCACCGAUAUGGGGAGAAGCACGAUUUGGUAUUCGUUCUUCCUGUGGAAGAAACAACAAGCCUGCUGGGAUGGCCAUGGUUCUUUCAGGAAAGUCACGUCAAGCAAUACAAUGUCAAGCCAAACAUCCUCUGCAGUCACGCACGCUACAACAGGGCCACCCUAACAUCAUUCAUGCCAAACGAUACAGUGUAUGUGACGAUAUUGCGUGACCCUGUAACGCAAUUCGAAUCUACGUUUUCGUAUAUGAAAUUCAGUGAACUCCUUGGAAUUUCUAAUGAAUCCGAUGCACUGGAAACUUUCUUGGAGAAGCCAAAAGAAAUCUUGGUUGACUACGUUUUAACAAAAGACCUUAGAGUCAACAGUCAUCGGCUGAAACUUAUCCGAAAUGGCAUGUUUUUUGAUUUGGGACUGGAGUCUAAAGACUUCGAAAAUAAAACCCGCAUUGCGGAUUCUAUCAAGGAUUUGGAGUCUCAGUUUGAUCUAAUUAUGCUUUUGGAGCACUUCGAUGAAUCGCUUGUUCUCUUGAGGAGACUUCUAUGUUGGGAGCCAAAUGACGUACUGUAUUUUAGUAUCAACCAAAGGGACGAUGUCCACAAAAGAGUAAAUCUACCGGAAAAGCUUGCUCACAAGAUUCGCCAAUGGAACAGUGCAGAUGUUGCUCUUUAUAAGCACUUUAGCAAGGUUUUGCGAAAAAAGCUCUAUAAGCAAUCAGGUGAAUUUUACAGUGAAGUGAAAGAUCUAAAAGUUAGAAACCGGCACAUGCAGCAUAUGUGCAUUGAUUCAGAAAAAUCAGAAAAAGUGUUGUUAGAUCGAAACAUUAAAGGUUUUAGGAUUCGUCAGAAUAUAACGAGAGAGUCGAAGAACACGUGUGAUCGAAUGACUCUUAUGUCAAUCGAUUAUCAAAGGAUUUUGAGGAGGAAACAAGAUGCUAUGCUUCGUAGACAUAAAUCGUUGAUGAGUAGAAUGUGGGAAAGAAUUGUGACUUUUUUUAAUUCGGUGUAAAUGUCUUGGACAGAUCUUGCACGUGCGCUCCCUCUACCUCGACCGAAAAAUAUCUAUAUCUGCACCCCCGUCGUCAAACCCUGGCUGGAAAGUACUGGGGCCGGAUCCUGAAAGGCCGAUUAACUUAAACCUAGAUCAGCGCCUAAUCCCAGGUUAAAAUGUGCUAAUCGUAGGUUAGCUAACCUACGGAUAACACAACGUUCACUAAAGCGAAGUAAUCCCUCGAUUUACUAACCCUGGAUUAAGCGAGUGAAAAACUAGUUUGACGAGUAAAAUUCACACAGGAUACCUACAGUAGAUCAACACAGUAGAGCAACUCAAAUAUUUACCUUUGGUGAUUUUAUUUUCGCAGAGUAGCCCCGAAACACCUCUACAUCGCCUGUAUGUACCUCCAUUUUCUUGCCAAAAAUGUCAUUUGCAGGAUUCGAGUUUUGUGCGUGACGCUAGCGAAACAGAUUCAUUUCAAUUAUAUAAUAAGUUUCAUUUAACUUUCUGUCUGUCCCAGCGCAAUUUUCGAGUCAGCAUCGCAACGAAGGUCGCAUAACAAUGCGAAAUGUUAGGACACUUCAUUUUAUGAAAUUUUAGUUCUACUACAAAGUUUGGGAAGCCUGUGUUACGCCAACUAAACCGUAGGUUAGCGAGUUAACCCACCUCGCGAGCAGGGUUAGAUUUUACCUCCAAAUUAACCCAGAGUUAAUGCUAAUCAGCGUUUCGGGAACAGAAAUAGCCGGGGUAAAAAUGUAAUCGUGGUUUAGGGCAAAUUAAAACCUGGGUUAGCGAUAAUCGGCUUUUCAGGAACCGGCCCCUGAUCAGUGGCAGAAAGGAGUAGGGUCAGCCCAUUGACCAAGGUACCUCUUCUAGAUCACAUUGACCAAGGUACCUCUUCUAGGUCACAUUGACCAAGGUACCUCUUCUAGAUCACA